AUGGACACACCACAACCCGCCCAAUCCAAAAGCUGGAGCAUCCAUACUCGACCCGAAAUCACCUCGAAAUACGAGAUUCUACGGCGACUUGGCUCCGGCGCCUACGCCGACGCGUUACAAACCCUGCAACACUCACCCAACGUCGUCGUUUUGCACGCGUACUUCUGGUCCGAAGACGAGGACGCUGUGCUGGUACUUGAAUAUGUGCCCACCGAUUUGGGGUCUUUGAUCAGAGAGGCCAAGACAGAAUGGGAAAAUGGGCCUGAUGUGGGUGAGAUUAAGAGGUGGGUUGUUCAGAUUCUUUUGGGGUUCGACGCUUGUCAUCGGAAUUCGAUUGUGCAUCGGGAUUUGAAACCCUCGAAUUUGUUGAUUUCGGCCGAAGGUGUACUCAAAUUGGCCGAUUUUGGACAGAGCUCUUUAGUUUAGAACCACUGUUUCCCGGAACUUCGGAUAUUGAUCAGCUGGGCAAAUUUUCAGUGUUUGGGUAACUUAUCGGUGGAAGUUUGGCCUGGUUGUGUGGAACUUCCUGAUUACCAAAGUAGAAACUCCAAUUGGAUUAGAAGCACAUCUGCCCAACCAUUCCCCUGAUGAAAUAUCUAGUCAAGAAACUACUUUGUUUUGACCCAGCUAGUAGAGUUACUGCAAUGGAACUGCUCCAUGACAAAUAUUUAAACCAAGAAGCUCUACCAGUUCCCCUAUCUGAGCUGAGAAUACCUUCUUCAAACACUGCUCAGGAUGAGAAUUCUAUUGGAGAAUAUCAUGCAGUCCUCUCUUUUAAACAAAGAGAAGGCGCCUACUGAUGCUGAAAUUUAGUUUGUUAUUUUACUCUUUCUAUGUUGAGUUGUACAUAAGGGCAUAAUUGUAUUUUCAUUUUAUAGGUUGUUGGAAUAUUCUUUUUCUGUAAUUGUAUUUAUGUGG